AUGCUCCUAGUCCGACAAAACGCGGGCGUGUUUGCAACAACUAGCGAGGACGACGACAACGCUGCGUUGAGUCCGACCGCGGCUCCGCAGACCGCGGCUCCGGCGACCGGAGAUCUGGCGACCGAAUCUCCGGAGACCGGAGAAUCUGCGGAGAUCCCGACUCCGGCACCCUCGGAUGGCUCGCCCGAGUAUCUUGGCUGCCUCGGCUACACCAAUCACAUAAAGGAUGGGUACUGCGACACGGACCUCAACAACGCGGAGUGUGGAUGGGAUGGGGGCGAUUGCUGCGCCUGUACCUGUGGCUCGGACAGCGACGAGGAACUUGCGCACCCUUGCGGACAGCUGGGGGACGGCUACGACUGCCUCGACCCGGACGUGCCCGACGACUGCGGCGUUACACCCAGCCCGGCCGCUGCAAUCGGCUAUCCGGACUGCGAGGAGUACUUGUACGAGUGGCAGGACGGAGUUUGCGACGACAAUCUCAACACCGCCGAGUGUGGCUACGACGGGGGCGACUGCUGCCGCUGCACGUGUCGAGACUACAAUUCGUGGGGGUACUACACCAACUGCGGCUACUACGGGUACGACUGCAUGGACCCCGACGCCCCCAGCAGUUGCAGCACGGACAGCCCGACGCCUAGCCCUGCCGCGGGGACCGACUGGCCGGAAUGCGAGGGUUACAUCUACAUGAUUGGAGACGGGUCCUGCGACUACUACAACAACAACGAGGAAUGCGAUUGGGACGGGGGUGACUGCUGUUCCUGCACGUGCGAAGGGUCCUCCUACUACUCGUGUAGCUCCUACAGCAUGGACUGCCAGGAUCCGAACGCCAACUGCACCACACCAAGUCCCACUCCCUACUGCCCUUGGGCAUCGGACGGCUAUUGUGAUUCUUACUACAAUACCGAGGACUGUGACUGGGAUGGAGGUGACUGUUGCGCUUAUGGCUGCUCGAGCACUACCUGCCUUGAUCCGAUCUACGGCUGCGACUCCAUCACCACCUACUAUGGUGACAACGACGUCUCCACCUCGACCUUCAGCACAUACCUUACAAGCUCCGACGCUGAUAGCGUGUCUUCGGGGUGUUUCGAUGGCGACUGGGCCGUGUCAGACGGAAAGUGCGAUUCCGGGAAUAACAACGCAGCCUGUGACUACGACGGCGGUGAUUGUUGCGAGUGCGACUGCUACGAUUACGGCGAGGUUUACGAGUGCGGGGUGGUUGGCUACUAUUGCCUUGACCAGACCUCUCUCUGCUACGGGAGCACAAGCGGCGAAAGUUCCGACAGCGACGACUCCUACGGCGACGACGACUACGACGAGCGUGGUGCCUUCUCAUUCACGCCGACCCCGGUCGUUGUCACGGAGGAGCUGUCCCUGCCAAGCUACUCGGAAAUGAGCGUCUCGAAAACCGAGUUGGGAGGAAUACUUGCGUUGUCCUUCUGGGGCUUCUGCAUGCUCGGGUGCGGCGCUUGGGCCGUCUGUGGCGUGUUCCGCAAGAAGGUAUUCGGGGAAGAGGAAGAGACGGGAGGAGGCUCCCCAGCUGCCGCCGCCACGCUCAACAGGACUUCUCUCAAUGCUCACCAGCAGCGCCGCCCACGACCCUCGACCGAGCGCGGACGGUAUUCCGUCAAGUCGCGGGGGGGCCGGCGGAGUUCACCGUCCCGCCCCCCGUUGGAUGCGACCGUGGCUGCCGCGUUGGCUCUUCCGGGGGAUAACCGGCAUGCAACUCCGACCUACAACACGUACGACGACCCCGCCGUGGUCAGCAGGAGUGCUAACACCGGGGUAGAGGAGACCAAAGGCGACGGUGAGGUGGAGCUUGGCCGCACGUUUGGCGGAGGGCGUAGCGGCGGUUGGGACGAGACCAAGACCGAAGAAGCGCACGGCAUGUUUGCCAGCAGCAACGGCGGUGCUACAGAACCUGGCGAUGGGGUUACAGAACUCAGCGGUGGGGCUGCAAGCGUCGAUGGUGAUGCAAGCGUCGAUGGUGCGCUAGACGCUGGUGCUGCGGCAGCUGCCGGGGCUGCCGCCAUUCCAGGAGAUGACCGGCAAGCCUCCCCAGCCGUUGCUGUUGCUGUUGCUGUUGGCCAAGAGAGUGAGGACGUCGGCGUAGCUGCGAGCGUCGAUGGUGCUGCAAACGUCGAUGAUGCGCCAGGUGCUGGUGUUUCGACAGCUGCGGAGGCUGCCGCCAUUCCAGGAGAUGACCGGCAGGCCUCCCCGGCGAACAACGCGCAUCAGGACCCCGCCGCUGUCGGCCAAGAGAGUGCCGACGCCGGCGUAGAAGAGACCGAAGGGCAAGGAAAGGCGGAGCCUGGCGGCGUGUUUCACAGCGGUCGUGGUGAGGGUGGCGGCGAGACAAAGAGCGGAGAAGAGCAUGAGAACGUGGCAGCGGACGUGAGCGAUGUUGGCAGCAACGGCGGUGCUGAAGAUGUUGGCGAUGGUGCUGGGAGCGUCGGUGCUGGGAGCGUCGAUGGCGCGCCGAGCGCUGAUGUUGCCGAGGCUGCCGCUGUUCCGGGGGAUGAUGCGCCAAACGUCGAUGCUGCUGGAGGAGACGACAAUGUUGCCGGCGACGACGUUUCGGCGACGAGUGACGAACGGUCGGGAGAUGAGGUUGACACGGGGGUACGGGAAGUAAAUGAAGUAGCGGUCAAAGGCCCUAAGUUGUCACCUUUGUACCGGCCCUCUGAAGGCGAACGCUGACGACGCACGGAGACCUGAGCUUGUAUUCCUUAGUUUUCUCUCUACUCUCUUUGUCCCUCGAGCUGAUGUCUAGAGAUCGGGUCUUGGCUUGAUUUGAGCGCAGAGUAUGGACAAGCCGUCACGGUACGCUCGAAUAGCACAUUGGCACGUGAACCGAACGAUAGGUGAACAGGAAUACGAGUGGUACGUUCACAGCAGUGGACAGGCGUCUCAGGGUCCUCUUUCUUGCUUUUUUCAGGUGUUUUGUUUUUAGUGCAAACCGGGGAUAGCCGGUCUCAGGCACGAGACCGCCACCUUGAAGAGUCGUACCAGUUCCCUGUUCGUCGAAGGUGCGGCUUAGACACACGAGGGAGCAACCGACAGCUCUGUGUCUCCGUCUCUAUGUCCCUUGAUGUAACCGUAGUAUCGCAGCCAGUACAGAAUGGCAUGUACUACAUAGGAUUCAGCCACGGAACACGAUCGUAUUUGAAUGCAUCCACACACACAAGCCGCCAGUUGGAGUCGCGACGUUGUUAGAUUUCAUUGGGGAGACCGACGGCGUACUAGUCUAGUGAGUGACGAGAAAUCUCCAGGCGAGAUGGGGGCUGCAGGUGCCGGAGAUAGAAGGAGAUGAAAGUACAAGGGAAAUGCCUGUGGUCCUUUGAUAGGGAUAAACACAACGCACCUAUUUGUAGAUAUAGUGUAUUUUGUUUUCUUCGGAGCAGGGCCUUGGGGACUGGAGGAAGAACGGUCGCAGAACCACAUCUUCAGUAUCGUAGCAUCAGUUGAUUCAUUGCUCCUGUAUUCACGCGGUCUUUUGUACGCAACCUUUGUGUUUUUCAGCGGCGCUUUGGAGCGUCCGGGUGUUAUCUUCCGCUUUGGCCUGGAAGGGCAAACGCCGGUGUCACGGGCAAUAGAGUUUAUGAUGCCCCGUUCAUGGUUUUGGGUGCGGGCUGGGCGGUUCAGUGUGAUUUCGUGUUGACCCAGUAUUUUAGUCUGAUCUCCAUACUUGAAUCCGAUUUAUUGGUAUGU